AUGGGUCUGCAAGAUAUUGGCGCGGGCCGCUUCAGGUAUCAAUACGAGAAGCUGAUCAACAUCAAUGAGAAAACAACAAGGCCUAGGGGGCGUUGGGUGAGGAAUGUGAACGGAAAGCUCAAGGCUCUCCGGCUGUCUCGUUCGAGGAAACUUACUCUGAGGGCAUUUUCACUGAUCGCAUUGCCCAGCAAGAUGACCAGGAUCUACAGAGAUAUCGUCAACCGGAUGAAUUUGGAUGGUAUCUACCCGGCCAUCACUUUUUCCUCUCAGUGGGGGCUCCCAGUUCUGUCUCAUUCCUCUGUGAAAUGUAGAAGAAGUGUCAUAUCUCUUGAUAGACGCUGGGCUCACACUUGA